UACACUUAUCAUCGAUAUGAAUAUGUAAAUUGAAUAUAUUGGAAUAUAUUUUAAUCUUAAGACUGCAGCUAUAAACCACAAAGGACUGAUAAUACCGAGAACUGAUAUAUGUUCCGAUAAAGUCUGAUUUUGCAAACCAAACGUAAUCAAUUCUAUAUACAAAAUACAAUUUUUUGAAAGAUCUCUGAAAACUUGCCAUGUAACUAGGAAGUAUAAAUCAAAAUCAAAAUGACUGAAAAUAAGAAAGAUACCACUACUUGGAGUACUAAGAAAAUUUGGAUUAACGAUGUUGGCAACAAGUCGGAUAAUGACUUGGUGGAUAUAUCCAAGACCAAAACAAAGGUCGUUACUAAAAAAUCGGCCAAAGAUUCAACCGCAUCCAAAAUGGUUUACUAUCCUGCUAACCAGCUCCUCAUAAAAACGGAGCAACCCAGUCAGGCUCAAUUUUGCCUGCAGGUGCCACCCACUCUGACCGCGACGACAUCGACUUCGGGUCCCGGCCUCAGAAUAUCGUCCUCCGGCGGUCAGGAGCAUUAUGAACUGCUGCAGACACCGCAGCAGCGACAGUUGCAACUCCAGCAGCAACACCUCCAGGAGCAACAACAGUUCGACAACUAUCAGCGAGCCAUCCAGCAGCAGCAGCAGCAACAGCAUCAGAUAGUUUCCACGUCGACGACACCAGUCAACCGGAUUAAGACUGAGGUGACCGGAAAUUUUGCCCCAGCCGUUGCACAUCCCCAGGCGCAGACGCAGCCGCAGCCGCGAAAGACCAACACCAACAAGCCCCAGUUCAAGUGCGAACAGUGUGGCAUGACCUUUGGCAGCAAGUCGGCGCACACCUCCCACACCAAGUCGCAUGCCAAGAACGCCGAGCUGGCGCUGGGCGCUGGGAUGGGGGAGGCAGGCAGUGCUGCCGUCACGUUACCCCCGGCCAUCGAGCUGAACGAGGCGGGUUUGCCGGUGGGCAUUCCCAAGAGUCCGACCAUCAAGCCGCUGGCGAAUGUGGCAGCCGGAGCCGAUCCCUAUCAGUGCAAUGUAUGCCAGAAGACGUUUGCCGUUCCUGCAAGGCUGAUCCGUCACUAUCGCACCCACACCGGCGAGCGGCCAUUUGAGUGUGAAUUCUGCCACAAACUAUUCAGCGUCAAGGAGAACCUGCAGGUCCACCGACGCAUUCACACCAAGGAGCGUCCGUACAAGUGCGAGGUCUGUGGACGUGCCUUCGAGCACUCCGGAAAACUCCACCGCCAUAUGCGCAUCCACACCGGCGAACGACCACACAAGUGCUCCGUCUGCGAGAAGACUUUCAUCCAGUCGGGCCAACUGGUCAUCCACAUGCGCACACACACCGGCGAGAAGCCCUACAAGUGCCCGGAGCCGGGCUGCGGCAAGGGAUUCACCUGCUCCAAACAGCUGAAGGUGCACUCGCGCACCCACACGGGCGAGAAGCCCUACCACUGCGACAUCUGCUUCCGUGACUUUGGCUACAACCAUGUGCUGAAGCUGCACCGUGUCCAGCACUACGGCUCCAAGUGCUACAAGUGCACCAUCUGCGAUGAGACUUUCAAGAACAAGAAGGAAAUGGAGGCUCACAUCAAGGGGCAUGCCAACGAGAUUCCCGACGACGAAGCAGAGGCGGCAGCAGCAGCAGCAGGCUCCUCGUCCUCGGUCGUAUCGCCAUCCUCGCACGGCGUCAGUAGUGGAGUAUCGGAGAGCAGCAGCAACUCGCCGCCCAGCUCCCCGGCGGCCACCAAGAAGCCUCGUCAGCCACGCCAGCCCCGUGGAACCAAAGCGACGGCAGCGUCUUCUGUCGCCUCGGCCUCACCAUUCUCUCCCAGUUCCCCCAGCUCUACGUACUCGCCCUCGACCAGCAGCCUGGCCUCUCCUCCGCCCACGACGGCCCACUACCUGCCCGCCCCUGUAGAGCAGGAUGCCCUGAGCCGGGACAGCGGAGUGUCCAGCGCCCAGCUAGCACACAGCAAUUAUGCGGACGAGGAGCUGCCCACGGACCUGAGCAUACAGCAGGUGGCGGGUCAGGUGCCCACCCCAGCUGUCAGCUACUACCAGGCCCCGCCCAGUCUAGUGGAGUUGCAGCCCCAGGCAGCCGGACUCACCAUCAAUCCGGCCCUGCUUGAGGCGGCCAGCAUGGCACGCCGUCAUCACGACAACGACGAUCAGGAUCGGGAGCGCGACCAGGACGAGGACGUGCAUGCCGCCGCCUGGCAAAUGAUUCAACUGCGUCGUGGUCAUGCAGCCACACCCCCUCCAGAGCAGCAAAUACAAUACCAGCCUGUCCCUCAGCAGCAGCAGCAGCAGCCACAGCUGCACGUCAGCGAUCUGGCGGCCAACUAUGAUGACACCCACGAAGCAACAGUUCUCAUCGAGCACUUCAAACGUGGCGACCUGGCCCGCCAUGGUCUCCACAAGGGUUAUGCGCCCGUGCCCAAGUACGAAUCUGCCUUGCCCAAUCCGGAUAUCGUGCGCCGAGUGGAGGCAGCCAUCGGACUGAGGUCCAGCACAGAGUCCCCUGAGCGAAGCUCGUCGCCGGAAAGCGACUCCCUGCUGAUGGCCGACCGGAAUGUGAUGACCCUCCCGCUGCGCAAACGCAAACACUACAUGAACAAGGGCGAGGGCAGCCAGGUGGAGCUGGAGAAACCCCAGGGAGCUGGCGGAGAGGUUAACUCCGCUAGCGGCGUUGAUGCAUCGAUGGAUACCUUGGAUAGUUCCGGGUCGAAGGUGAUGCGGAUGAGCUCUGUCAUCCAGUUCGCCAAGGCCUCGUAGGGGCUGGGCCCAGACUGGAGCCCCAUCCCUACUCCUCCAAUCAGCAUAAAGACUGUCCAAACAAAUUCUAACUGAAAUUAGACUAAGCCCUUUUCUUUUUGAGAUGAUAAGGAACGUAUGGGAGUGAAAGGAUUUUUUUUCGAGCAUCGAAGAGGAAAAUGCCAAAAGUAUUAUAAAGCGGAAAAAAAAUUGUUUUAAAUUUACAUUUUUUAGAUGGAGAAACUCAAGUUCGAAUGAAGGGAUUUUUGUUAAAUAUUUUGUUUGGAAAAAAUCACUGUUUUUCAACGUUAUACGAUUUGGACUUUAAUUUGGCAAAUAUUGUUUCUGUUUUCCUGUGUUGUAACUUAGUCAAAUUGCAGAAACUGGCAUUAUGAUGGGUAUUAAGCGUUGGCAUCACUAAUUAUUAAUUAAUAAACAGAAUAACUACAAAAUGAAGAGACAUUCAAGCAUGAAGCGUACACAAUAAGCAUGCGUGCAUUAUUUUACAAAAAAAAAAAAAAUAAAAUAAAAGAAAACAAAAAACAUAAUAUAUCUACGGAAAAUGAAAGCCAUAUUGGCAUUUAACAUAUUACCUAUAAAACUUAUUUAUUAUUGAAAUAAACUCUGCUCGCCAAACUUCUUCCUCCCCUCCAAAAUUAGUAUAAAACAUCAUCAUCGACAUCAUUUAUCCACCAUUUGAUAAGCAUUUUAUAUUUUAUAUACAAGAACAUAAAAAAAACACACGAAACAAUUCAAAAAUUGUCAAAAACAACCGACAUUGAAAGCAUUAACACAAAAAAAGAUUUAAAAUUAAAACACACAGAAAUGGUAAUUGAACUGAUAAGCAAGAUGCAAGCAAAAAUAAGUAGAUUUAAAUAUUUACCAACCAGAAAAUAACAAAUUAUGAUUAAGUGCUUCAAAAACAUAAGUUAAUUUUUAGGUCUAAUUUGUAGUAUCAAAUAUUGGAAGAAAAAAAGUAAAUGAAAUCAUAAUUCAAAUAAAACAAGCAUUAUAAUAAAAAUGUAA